AUGUCUAACAACGGAAGCGGCCGUGGAUUUCUUUUCUCACGAGGAGGUCGUGGUGGUGGACGCGGAGGCGGCCUACUUGGGUCAGCUGUCCGUGGUGUAGCUGGAGGCAUUGGGCUUGUCUCAGAAAGCGUUAGUUCCUAUAAGGACAAGAGAAACGCGGAGAAGAACGCGCCGCCAGCACAACCAGCACAGCAAUCACAAGGAAGCAGCAGCAACGAUGCUCCCGUCAAUCAAUUACAGCAGAAUACCUACCAAUCGUCUAGCCAAAAAGGCGACGCGACAGAGAGACAGUGGGAACUCGACGACACCCAGACCGAGCUUCUGUCAAACCCAAAUGACGAGUCUUCGUCGUCGUCGUCGCAGACUGUACAAAACGACACCGAUCUUGCUACCAUUUUCAUCAGAGAGCAUGGCUUGACAAACCCGCCAACUGGACAGCGACUUGAAAUGCCCGUCAUUCUUGCCCAGAGAAGACCCAAGAAUCGCUCCCGUGGAUUCGUUCGUGGAUAUGCUCCCAUCCUUGAGGACGUAGGCAUCAACCAAGAAACGUGGCUUGACUUCCUUGAUAAGUUUGAUGCGGCCUCGAUGGCAUCUCCAUGGAUUCAAGUCCUCAACUUUGCAGAAAUUGGUGGAUUCUUUGUACCUUUCGCGCCAAGCAUUGCUAUCAGUGCAGCCGUGUACCUGACCAUCGAAAUCACCAAGGACAUGCAUAGCCGACAGAAAGGCCUCUGCUGCCUCAUCAUGACCUGGAGAGAGGGUACCGGGAGAGCCCAUGAGAUGAUUGAUCUAAACAAGACCAUUGCCUCUUCAAUGAGUUCCCAAGACUCUGGAAUAGCGGACAAGUUUAGUAGAUCUAGUGGAAAGACCUACGGAGACUUUUCCCUGCCUGAGGCUGCACCUCUUAUCUUUCCUACGCUGGAUGUUCUUGAUGCUGCUGAUACCGAGGAGUCCAAGGGAUUCAAGAAGAGUAUGGCCGCGAAAAAGAACUUUGUCGCAGAGUAUUACGAUAAAAGAGCGCAGGCUGAGUUUGCGCACAACAACACAGAUAAUGUUCUAGCCAACCAGGGAGAACGACCAGAGUUCACUUCUCGAUACGCUGACCCUUCUCACCCUGCCAACAGUGGUUCUAUACUUUCACUGCUUACAGGAGGAAAUAUAAACCCCAACAAGUCACGUUCAGGCCGGGGCGGAAUGUCUUCCGGAGGUAGAGGUGGCAGAGGAGGAAGAGGAGGGAUCACCGAAAGACUGACUGGCAAGUCUGGGCCCGUGUUCCAAUACUCGGCUAGUGAUGCAAUGAAGAAAUUGCUUUUGAGCAAGGACGUCUUGUAUAUGAUGGUUGUCAACAUGCCCACGGAGCAAGAGCUGAACGAGGCCAAGGCUGCUUUGGGCCGGGAGUGA